UUUAUGAUGCAGCCCGCACACCAAAUUAAUAAUAUUUUUUUUUCCCUUCUUUCCUACUCCCCGACUAUUGUCAUCGGCGGUCACUAUGGUUCUCAGAUCGCCACCUCUUUCAUCGGCACUGGCGUGGCUCUUCCUCCCUCUUCCAUCAGGUUUGGAGGUAAAGAUGAGAGUAAUUCAGAAGUUUUCAAUUGCAUCACUGUUCUUGUGGGCAGUCCAUAUUGCAAUAUUAUAUGCCUUCAACAAUAAUCUGCUUCCUGGAACAUCCAAUGUGUCCCCUCACUCUUCGACACUAUUGAGCGGAUUUCUAGUCAUUGCAUUAUACAUAUAUUUGGCAAUGAGAGAACCUGCAGAUAAACAGGAGCCUGAUCCGAAAUUUCUCGCCGAGGCCAAAGGUAGUAUAAAUCAAUCUACAGGAGAUGCUCAAACAAUCUUCCCAGCCUCUUAAGAAACAACAGUAGGUUAGACCUCUUUGUGGUGCUCACAAGUUGUUCAUCUUGGGGGAAGAAGAGGGGAGAAUGGGGAUGAAGGGAGAAGGUCCUGAAUUGUGUGCUGAUCAUACUUCUUUUAUGAAGUUUGCACAUGAUCCAUCUUGUGCUCAACGUAUGUUUCCCAGACAUUAGUUUUGUACCAUUUUAUUUAUAUUCGUAUGUUUCCAAAAUACGUAUGUUUCCAAUAUAUAUAUAUUCAAGUUACGUUUAGUUUA